AAACUACGUUAGCUACUCUUGACGAUAGCGUAAAGAGAUGUAAUGGUUAGUACGAGUAGUUUGUAUAAGGUUACAACUCAGGGUUGAGUUUCAUCAAGGAAUGAUAUAACUGUCAGUGUUUGAUUAGGUUUUCUUGAAGUCUAGUAAAAAGACUAAUGUCUUGUCAUAAACGUUAUGUUUCUCGUCAACUUGAAAUCGAGGCUCGUGCCAUUGUACGCCACGCGCCCUGAAGACUGGCAUGGCUGUCGGUGAUGGGACGCUAACUUACCAGCUGCUCCUCACGACUAACCCUGCCAAACGUUAGUGCUUACCAUCGGCUGCGUGUCUAUAGUCAACUAACUCACGCUAGAGGCGCCUCGACGUCGCUCGGGCAACCUGUCGACGCUGUCAAAAAGAGUAAGGUACAGUGGCUGAUCCGUUGUGCUUAAAAGUUCAGAAUAAAACCAGUACAGUUUAGGGAAUGAACGUGAAUCAGUGGCAUAUAACGUAUAUAACUACAGAAGGCCACAGGAUUUACAGAACUUGUGUGGCAGUUUAUUCGUUUGGAUACACACACACUGGAACAUAGUAGUGGAUUUGUAGACUGGAUUGUUAAGUUUGUUAAAAUCUGAUACUUUAUCAUCUAUUUACUAGUUUUACUGUGAGAGUAAUAUGAAUAUUUUAAGUUCGGUAGUGUUAAGAUAAAGCAUAUAUUGUGUAGUAAUUUAGUUAAUUCCUGUGAAUAACCUAGCCUGAACAGGAAGGGCUGGCCAAUAUCUUUGAAUUAUAGAAAAUAGAAAGAAUAUCACACACACUCUCUCUCUUUAAGUUUAAUAACAGAAACGAUUGUUGAAAUAGUCCCAAUUGUGGGGCCACUACAGGGAGGAAUGGGGGACAUCUUACCCCCGAAGAGGCAGGCAGUGGUAGACCGCUUACGUCGUCGAAUUGAACUCUACAGGCGCAAACAGAAUGGGUCCUUAAUACGUUAUGAACAAACUUCGAAUGGUUGGAAUCAUCAACAACGCCAAGACACGAUUUUUUUAAAACAACGAUACUUAGAAACUAAAGCUAAGAAAGCCAAAAAAAAUGACAAUAAAAGUACGAAAGAUGGUUUGGGCACAAAUUCAGAGAAUGCAAGAAAUGUACUUUCGAAACCAGCCAAGCGGCCAGCAGAAAGCCUUGAUACGCCAUUAAAUCAAAGUGAUGGGCUUGGGGAUCCGCCAGAACGUCAGGUCAAGCUAGCUUGCCGAAGUAGCUCGCCAAGCCAAGGACAACGGGAGACACAAGGCCAGUCCAGCCUCCCACGUUUCUCGGUACAAAUUGUCCAGCAGUUCUCUAGUUCAGAUUCCUCUCAUGUACAAAACUCACAAACUAUCCAGACCAAUGUUACUGUGAAAGCUGUACAUCCAGAGUCUCCCAUGACUUCGAUGGCAAGUGGUCAGUGCAACACGCUUCAGGAACCUCAGGUUUCUUCAGCGACAAGUAUCGAGUGUAAGCAGGAAAAAGUAGGAAACUUAAAUCAGUGUUCCAGUAUGGGACUGAGCACGUGCAACAACCACAAUUCUACAAUCGGGAAUAAUUCUGGCGUGGGAGAACGUUUUUCGGACGCUUUCUCUACUCUUGGAUUUCCCGACGAUUCCAGUGGUGACGUAAUUGAUCCUGACAUCUUAAAAGAUUUAAUUGAUGACGUUUUAACGACAGGAAAUCCGUCCGAUUUAAUGAAGGACUUCAAUUUUGACGACAGUGACAGAGAACAAGACCAAGAACCCAAAGAAACCGUUGAUCCCAUGCUAGAUAUCACUGGAAAAUCUCACAGCACUCCGCCUCUCCAUGGACACUUCUCCAGCACCCACAGUCCAUUCUCUACUAUGCAGGCACAAGGUGGUACAUCAGGAUUCAGUCCUGGACCAAGAGGUUCGCCCAUGGGAAACCACACAUCUGUUUCUGUAACUCCUUCGACUACUUAUCAAAGCCCCCAUUCGUCUAAUUACACCCAUUCUGGUAGUUUCAGUGUGAGUCCAACACUAGGACUGGACUUUAAGUUGAGUGAGCCUAGCCCAGCUGCUCAAACUUUGAAACAAAUGGCUGAGCAACAUCAGAGUUUACAGCAGAAACAACAAAUAGGAUUAAACAUGAGCUCCCCUCAUUCUAGAUCUCCAUUUACCAAUGAAAACUUCACAGAAUCCAUGACAUUACCUCCCAUAAGGUCUGGGUUUAUGUCAGCAUCCAGCGGACAGGUAAACACAGCUCAAAAGACACAGGCGUCCAGUAUGCUCGCAGCACGCAGUUACGAUAAACAAGUAAACUUUACAAGUGUCCGGCCAGCUAGUGGCAGCGGACCUUUUAAACAGGAAACUGAGAACGGAGUAUUUCCUGGGAGCCAAGGCAUAACAACAACAAAUAACAUGGCGCCAGUACCAGGAAUGGAGUACCAGAAACAACAGCAGGUCAUGCAGAUGCAGCAUCUGCACCAAUUACCACCAGAGCAGAAGUCAGUGAUGAGUGGGUCUCAUUACGGAGUUCCCAGUCCAGAUAACAAACAGUCACAGUCAGGAAUGCCUCAGCCUUCUGCUUACGGGUCCACUAGACCUCUUUCACACUUCACAGCUGGACAAACAUCCAGUGUACAUAAUCAGUUUGUUAGAGGACCCAGCCCCGGGGUUGUUUCCUCUCCCACACAACAUUAUCGACCAUCUUCCCGUUCGAAUUUGCAGUUGUCGCAAACUCAGCAACUGCAGAUCUCACAGACUGGUUCACAACUUCAGGUUUGUCAGAGCCAACAGCUACAAAUGUCACGAGAUUUUAAGCAGAACCCCACAGGCAACUCUCAACAGCAGCAACAAAUUUCAGUGUUCUCCACUUACCCUCAUUCCACCACUGCUCCUAGGCCACCCUUUCAGAUGAAUAUGUCACAAACUCAGUCUGUCAACUUUACAAACCAGUUCUCUGGUACUGGUAAUAGCAAUGGAGUGCCCGCUCAUGAAGAAAUGUGCCAACAUAUGAUGAAACAACACGUUGUACAGCAAAACAACAUAGGUGCUACAGCCUCGCAAAGAGAAAUCCAGCUUCAACAGUUCUUGAACAGGCCUCCACCGGAAUACAAACAUCACACAGUUACCAAUCAAGUACUUCCUCCUCAUCAGCAGAUGAUGGCAGAUAAUUCCAUGGUAGUAUUAAAUCCUACUCAGACGUCUCAGCGGUUUUCUCAGCCUUCUGAUGUUUCAAGAAGAGGACUGGUAUCCGAAUCCACAGUACACACUUUACAACAUCCUUCUUCGCAGAAUCAGAUGUCAGUGAGAGCAAGAACACAGCAAGCUUGUGUUCCAACGCCACAUGUGGGUAUGGGAAGUGCCUUAUCAAAUCUCAACCAAACGACAGGAAGCUCAACUCAUCCAAAUAUUACAUCAGCAAACCUUGCCGGACACAUGUCACGAACUAGAUCUGUGUACAGCAGUUGCCUUCCUCGCUCCCAGAGGCCUCCAAACGUCAAUGUAGGACCUGAGGGACUAAACAUAUCACAAAGAGCAGUAGCUCCAGAAUGGAGACAAUUGCUUUUGCAGCAGCAGCAACAACAGAGUGGUGUUAGACCAAUUAGCCAACCUUCAUCCCGCAUGCAAUUUUCUCGGGCACCGCUUGGGACCAUGGGACAAAAUAUGUUGUCUCCUACAAUGAAUAUGUUAAAUCAUCAAAUAAUCCCAAGAACUGUGGUUCCACAACAGGCGAUGAGAGGCGAAACUACACAACGUCAACAUCUACAAAAUAACCAAAUACUGAUGCACCCACAUCAACAAAUGACAUUUCACACAGGAAUGGACCCUAUGGACAGUACUAACGGUCAACCUAAUACUAUGUUGAUGACAACACUGGCGUCAUCAACCACUAAUUUGACUAAUCAAAGAAAUAUAUAUCCAACCAAUGACAGUACUAACCAAUCCAAUCAAGUGGAUGAUCCAACACAUUUUAAUUUAGAUUUCUUAGACAAUAACUUUAUUGAGGGUACAGACUCGGAUUUGCUAAACAUAGAUCCGGUUCUGAACGGCGGUAACAGCAGUUUCAGCCUGCUAGACGAGAUGAACAUGUUAAACAAAUAAUUCAAUAAAUAGCAAUAUCAUCCGGAUGAAAUUGCAUGAUUUGAACUACGCAAUAUAUUUUUUUAUAUCCAUGCCAAAUCAUUUGUUUGCAUGAUUUGUUGUUGUUUAGACUACAGAAUGUGACCAAGUUAAAUGGAACGAUUUGGUUAUGUCAAUGGAAUAUUAGGAACAUGGGGUCAUACAGAUGCUUUAAUGUAUAUGUGUUACGUAUAUGUUCACGUGAAAAAAAAA